AGAAGACUGCAGCAUCCACAAGUUCAGUCCAGAGAGAAGACCCAACAACUCAGAGGAGCAUCUAGACAGAUUUCAGCUUCUGCUGCACUUGUUUCUCCAACAGAAACAGCUUCUGCACCUAACCCCUUUUCUAGAUUUCAAUUAUUUAAGACUGCAGAAAAUCAUUGCACCUUAGAGUAAAGAAGAUGCAGCUCCAGCUUCUGGUCCUCCUGACUUUCGUGGUGGGAAUAGCGUUGUCUGGUCCCUUAACUUCAUAUGGAGUCCGGCGUCAGAACAUCAAAGUCCGCAUCAGCGCCACAGGAGACACUAUUGUGAUGAAAUUUUUGCAUCCCAGUGCUGACACCAAACUUGAGGGCUACAUCUUGGGUUACGGCAGAAGCAUGUUCCACAAGCAGUUUAUCCAGCUGCCUGACAAUGGACAACCUUAUGAGACUGAGUUUGAUGCAGAGCCAAAGUACCUCAUCGCUGUUCAGCCAAUCCCUGCCAAUGAAGUGAAAAAGACAUGCACAGGUAAAGUGCAGAUGGAGAAGCCACUGCACUUGGUCAUUGGAUCAGUGACUCCAAACUCAGUUCUUCUGUCGUGGGGGAUGCUGCUGAAAACCCCCUAUGAGGGCAACAUUAUGAAUGACUGUCUAGAAGAUGGGCACUAUGUGGUUCGUUAUCGUGAGAGGAACAGGAAGUGGAACUAUCAGACGUGCCACACCAGUGACACGGUCAUUGAUAAUCUGAAGCCAAACACGGUCUAUGAGUUUGGCGUGCAGCCCAACUCCAAAGAUGGCAGCGGGGUUUGGAGCAAGUCGGUCACUCACAACAUCAGUGGCCUAAGCUUACAGGAAAGGGUUGUCACAAGGACCAUACAGAGAACCAUCAACUCUAAGAAACCCUUGACCACUAGUUCAAACUCUGUUCCAUUUUCUACACAACAUGUUUCACAAAACAGAAGCCGGAGUGGACAGCCUGUUUCUCCGAACAUAGCUUCUUAUACAACUCUUGCUCCUGCCACAACUACUAAACAGGAAAUUCUGCAGACCCCUGGACUCAGAGUGCCUGCGGCCACCAAACAGCUCUUCGCCACAGAUGUCGUGAGGUCACCCAUCUCUGAAGUUCCUCGUUCUCCCACUAGCUCUUCUGUUUCUACAGCAGGAAGGAACAGCACACUGUCUCUCUCCAAGACUCCUCGUCUCACUAAUCAAGCCAUCAAUGGGAUUUUUCUGAGGGGCAAUGCUCCCUCUAAAGCGGUGGUGCGAUCUGAAGCAAAACCCGCCCUGCGUCCUUCUGUCCCCGGCAACAAGAGACCUAACCUGGUGGGGAAACUGUCCGACAGCGAUAAACCAAUGGACCUGAAACGGGGAGAGAAAGAGUCCUUCCUGAAGCCCAUCUCUUGGGACAGAACCAAACCAAAGCAGGAGGACAGGCAGCAGACGACCACAGUGGUGCCAGCAGUAAACAGCAGCCGUGUUGACACCAACCAAAACACCUCCAUCUUCAGGCCCCUGCCUGCAUCAGACGUGGACAUCAUGGGCAGGAAGCGAUUUGUAGCUCCUCAUGUGAUAUACAAGACGGAUAAGAAGCCGGAUGAGCCGUGCUCCAUCACCUCGUCCUUGUCCUACUUCCCUGACAACGAUGAAGGUGGUGAUCAGAACGUGACGGGGCCUCCCAGAGCGCCACCUUCCAACCUCACAGUGGUGACUGUGGAGGGCUGCCCGUCCUUCGUCAUUCUUGACUGGGAGAAAUCCGACAACGAAACCAGAGAGUAUGAAGUUGUAUCUACUACAACCGGACCAAAUGGAAAGGAAGUGUCCAUACUGACGACAAACCAGACCCACACAGCUGUGGAGAAUCUCUCACCAGCAACCAAUUAUGAAUUCAAAGUUACACCAAAGAAUGAGCUUGGAAGUGGGCCCUCAAGUGAUCCUGUCACAUUCAGCACUGAGUCAGCGGAUCCCCGUGUGAGCGAGUAUGCUUCAGGCAAAGACGCUAUCUGGACUCAGUUUCCAUUUAAGGCUGAUGAAUAUUCUGAGUGCAACGGGAAGCAGUUUGUGAAGCGGACUUGGUACCGAAAGUUUGUGGGCAUCCAGCUUUGCAACUCCUUGAGAUACAAAAUCUACCUGAGCGACUCGCUAAUGGGAAAGUUUUACAACAUAGGAGACCAGACGGGGUUUGGCGAGGACCACUGUCAGUUUGUGGACUCCUUCUUGGAUGGAAAGACUGGAACUCAGAUGUUGGCUGACCAGCUACCAAGCAGAACAGGGUUUUUCAGAGCUCUAAGACAAGAACCCGUUAACUUUGGAGAGAUUGGAGGAAAGUCUCGCGUGACUUACGUUGGCUGGUAUGAGUGUGGCACACCCAUACCUGGAAAGUGGUAAAACCCCACAAGGCUCCAGGAUAAGGACUUUUUCUGCAGGCAGGAGGAAGAUAAGAUGCCCUAGUGGGCCCCAAGACAGAGUCUUCCCUUUGUGUUACCAUGGAUACCAUCGAUACCUCUGUCUGAACUCUCAGUUUUCCGCACAGAAAGUUUUAAAGGAUCGUUGGGGGUCAAAAAAACCCAACACUUUUUAACAACUUUUAUAUUUGUCAGAAAUAUCACAAAAUCAGGGGUAAAAGAUGGUUUGGGUAAAACAGAAGGCUCAAAAUACUUUCAUCACAAAGAUGUCAGAGGGCAGCUGGCUUCCAAAAAGUUCUGCUCCUUUUUUAUUUAUCAACGGGCCUUUUAGAGAUAUUUUUGUGUGCACUUCGAUACCAAAAGACAUGCAGAAUUGAUCUUCGGCUGGACCCAAAAGAUUUUUAGCAGUUGCAGUUUGCACAAUACUUAGUAUUAAACUUGUAUUCAUAUGUAAAUAGUGGGAAAUACAGUUUGUUUUUUUUGUACUCAAAUGUUUUCAUGUGUGUCAGGUAACUUUGCGACAUUGUCAAUCUAUUGUAUAUCUAUUUUAAGAAAGGCAAACAAUAAAGGAACUCAAAUAAUUUUGUAUUGCAUUAUGGACAUGUUUGAAAUAAAGAACUGACUAUUGCUUUACUCGU